UCGUUACUUCCUGUCAUAAAUUUUAUAUCACCGGCCUAAGCGAGUUGAAUUUAGGAGGGAGUUUUCAAAAGGCCUCACUGGAGAGCACCAAAGCUCGGUAUUUUGACGAAACUAACCAUGUCAAGCUGCGAUAACACGAUCGGAAUAACGGACUCGACCAAUAUAUCUACGAAAGUUCUUGCACCUCCUGGUGGGAAAACAUCCAUCAGUAUCUUUGGAGGUGAUGCACCUGAGCCACCUGCCUCCAGGAAAGAAGUAAAUGCCUGCCAAGCAGCUCGCAACAAAUCAAAUGUCUUUGCAUCAGCUGGCCCUGCUUCUGACACAGCAGCUGAUCACCAUAAGCAAAGUCAACAGAGAAGGCAACAUUCCAGUGUGUUUGGUGAAUCAAACCAACCUGCACCAGUAGCCAAACCUUUUGAGCCUGAGCCACGAAAGCCUCACACAGUGAACCCUCACCAAGAGGCACGACAAAAAUCAUCACUUUUUAAGGAGCCUACAGAACCAGCUAAACCACCACCAAGGAAGGGCACUGACAUCAUUGCAGGGCGUGGCCAAGAUGAACCUGCUCCUACCUCAGUUAAAGUUCAUGCUCCUCCUGGUGGAGUUUCACACAUCUCUUUUGGUUAAUAUUCUAUUCAUUUGAGACUUGUCACAUUUUUUUUAUCUUCAUUCUUAUUUUGUUACCAUUAGUCCAAUGUAUUCAGUGUUCCUAUGCCCAAUACAUGGUUAAAUCAGAACUGUAAAAUUUAAAUUCAAGGUCAUUGUAAAGCAAGCAUUUCUUUUGAAGAAGCAGUUCUCUUCUCAUGCAAUUUUUGUCACAACAGCUCCUAUCUUUUAAGUUAAGUGCAAGUAUUUAAGUAUUGUAUGUUCACUUCUCAUCUUCAAAAUUUCCUUAAGUGUAUUUCUUGAGUUACUUUCUGUUAGACAUUUUUUGCAGUAGGUAGAAGUAACUCUGUGCACUCAUUUCCUUUUAUUUCCUUGUAAAUUAUUGUUAAUAUUGUUGUCAUUGUGAAGGGGCAUUUUUUAAAUUAUCAUUUUUAAGUAUAGCCUGCUGAUGUUUUGUCAUGUAGGGUGUAAUUUAUUGCAAAGUUCAGGGAGGAUUUAACAUUUGUAGAUGAAAUUUUACUGAGCAGUAAUCUGUGUGCAAAGCUGUUGAACAUUGUUUGAGGCAUCAAGAUCAUACAAUUUUUGUUCAAAAAUUUUGACAAACUGACAACAUAGGGCAUCUGAUUCUUAAGUAGGUUGUUUCCUCUUAAUGAUAUUAUGUCAACAUUGUGUGUUCUACUUAGCAGGCAUAACUGAGUUGUUUCUAAGGGGGGACACAUGCUUUGUAGCAACCUUUGUUCAGAAACAUCGAAGUGCCCUGAGAGCCUGCUACAUCAUUUUAUGCAAAUCACACCUCCAAAUAUGUUAUUGAGGUGAAAUGUACACUGUAAAUUUAGUCAAAGUGUUGUGUCGUGGUUUUAAAGUGGAGAGCAGUUUUUAAGUUUUUGUGUCUUGAAAUGAACCAAAGUUAAAUGAUAUUUAGUUCUGUAUAUUUGUCAUAGGUCCAUUUGUGCUCUAGGAUCUUAAAGACAGUAGAACCAUGCUAACUGAAAUUAGGUUAACUCAAACUCCUUUUCAACUCAAACAAAAUUUGAUUUUGCCUAGAUUUUUCAGUUGUUUACUAUCAGCUAACUAUAACUCAAACUUGGUUUACUUGGACUAAUUUUACUUUCUCCAUGCACAAAUUUACCCUGAUAACUUGAACUUAAAAUGUUGGUCAUUAACCGUCAAACCUCCCAAGCUGUAAAACACUUGACUUUAACUUCCAUAAUUAAUCAUCCUUAUCAAAAAGUUCAUAUAAAACUAAUCACUUGUAUCAAAAUGUGUAUUAAGUGUGCAAGAAUGAUAAAGAACAUGAUUCUUUGUUAAUUAUUAACAGGAUACUUUGCAGUUAACCCCAAAAAAUUGAACCCGUACCAACUUAAACUAUUUUUUGUUGGUUUUGAAAGUUUGAGUCAGCAGGGUUCUACUGUAUGUAAUUAGCAAAGUAAGAUGUAACAAUAUAUUUAAUAUUUUAAAACAGAAAACCAUAGCCAAUCAGUUCUAGCAACUAAAAUGUAGUUGUAGUGUCUGAUCUUUGGGCUUAAAGAAAAAACUUUCCUGCUAGGCUAUUGAUAGCACAAUUCCAUUCAAGAUGGCAUGGUGUAUUUCAGAUUGUAUGAAGCUGCAACCUUAACUUGCUUGUUGUAGCAGAAAUGUGCAUUUAGCUUUUUGUGUGGAUUUGUUAUACUCUUUUUAGUGAGUAUGAUAUUCAGGGAAAAAACUACAGUAAUGUAUUCUUGUUAUGACAACAUUAAAUGAAGGAUACUUAAUCAC